UCGAUGGUGCCCCAAGAUCGAACACCGACGGGUUAGUUGUCUUCAAGCUUCCCCACCAGCCACCGAUGGCAGCCCGGUCGUCUACCACCGCACCUACAAGUGGAAGAAACAUGUUGUCUGGCAAUGUUGUCCCGGAUACCAUGGCGACCACUGUCAAG